AUGGGAUCUCCGUCGUCGGUUACUCCUGCCCGUUCGCUUUACCAAGCGUCUACGAGUGGUGCUCGGAUAUCUGCUGGCAUCCUUUUAGUUUGUCAGCCUUGCAUCGACACGUACAUUAUCUUUGUGCAAGACCAGGCUUACAAGUGUGGCACUGGUGAAAUGGGUGGCCAUUCUGGUGCUGGAAGUCAUAGUGAAUUCGCCGUUGUGCACUUUGUGGACGAGAACACUGUUGAGAUUGUUCCCAGAACAUGGGUCUCUAAAGACAAGAAGACUGUACUCUGGCCACCAUACGGAAAAAUGAGAAUGAAAAGGGCUAUCGAGAAGCGUGACAACCCAGAAAGCUCAUGGAAGAGCUACAGGUGUAAUGUGAUUUUUUUGGGUGACUACCAACGUGCACUACGUGAAGCGGAGGAGGCAGAAUAUUUAACUGAUCUUCAUGGCGACGACGAGUCAUUGGCUUCCAGCUCCUUAAUCUCAUCGAUACCACCCCCUUCCCAAGGCCCACAGGGCACUAUUCGUCUUUCGACAGCGAUGGAUUCUGAUAUCUCGGAAACGUCGUCAGCCGUGCCAAUUUCAGAUGAUGCUUAUGACACUGAUGCGCACUCUCAACACAAGAAAAGGCGUGUUAGCGGAGGACAUGCAGCUUCAUCGUCGAGGGAGGGAGAUUCUCACAAGGCCACCAGCCGUUUGUUCAGGAAGUUACUCCAUCAAAUGGAGGCACUCUCAGAUGACACUAAGGAACUGAAGAGGGAAACUGGACGUAUCCGCAGCAUGCUGCAGGAUCACUUCACAACCACGGAUCUGACGGUUCCGGAUUCUUUUAACAUUCUUCCCAUCACGGAUGAGCGUGGACUGCGUGCUGUCGAAGCUUCAAUCAACGACGAAACCAACUUUAAAGCCUUUGUGUCCCAGCUUUGGACGUCUGGGGGAGCCAGCAGUGCUGAGUGCACACGGAAUGUAUUGAGGAGGCUUGUGACUAUGAACUUCGCUGCAGAAAUAUGCUAUUCGGGACACAAUGCUGACAAAAGGGUGUUCCAGGGCCUUGCGCUGUCCCGUCUUCUUACUGCCGGUGUUCCUUGA